CUGUGUGCAGCUGAGAGCCGGAGCGGUAGCGGAGCUCGCUGCAGACAGGAGCGCUCGCGGAGCGGCCGCUCCGAGCGUCCCGUGCCCCGCACGCCCGCACCCGGCGCGGCCCGCAGCGAGCAUGGGCGCGGCGGCCGUGCGCUGGCACUUGUGCCUGCUGCUCGUUCUGGGAGCGCGCGGGCGGCUGGUGGGGGGCAGCGGGCUGCCAGGAGCCACGGACGUGGAUGAGUGCUCGGAGGGCACAGAUGACUGCCACAUAGAUGCCAUCUGCCAGAACACACCCAAGUCUUACAAAUGUCUCUGCAAGCCCGGCUACAAGGGGGAAGGGAGGCAGUGUGAAGACAUCGAUGAGUGUGAGAACGACUACUACAAUGGAGGCUGUGUCCAUGACUGCAUCAACAUCCCCGGGAACUACAGGUGCACCUGCUUCGAUGGCUUCAUGCUGGCCCAUGAUGGACACAACUGCCUGGAUGUGGAUGAGUGCCAGGACAACAACGGUGGCUGCCAGCAGAUCUGUGUCAAUACCAUGGGCAGCUAUGAGUGCCAGUGCCACAGUGGCUUCUUUCUCAGUGACAACCAACACACCUGCAUACACCGCUCCAAUGAGGGUAUGAACUGCAUGAACAAAGACCAUGGCUGUGCCCACAUCUGCCGGGAGACGCCCAAAGGUGGGGUAGCCUGUGACUGCAGGCCCGGCUUUGACCUUGCCCAAAACCAGAAGGACUGCACACUAACCUGUAACUAUGGAAAUGGAGGCUGUCAGCACAGCUGCGAGGACACGGACACGGGCCCCAUGUGUGGCUGCCACCAGAAGUACGCCCUACAUGCGGACGGUCGGACGUGCAUCGAGAAGGAUGAGGCUGCAAUUGAGCGCUCUCAGUUCAAUGCCACGUCAGUAGCUGAUGUGGACAAGCGGGUGAAACGGCGGCUCCUCAUGGAGACAUGUGCGGUGAACAACGGAGGCUGUGACCGGACGUGCAAGGACACUGCCACCGGCGUGCGGUGCAGCUGCCCAGUUGGAUUCACGCUGCAGCCAGACGGAAAGUCAUGCAAAGACAUCAACGAGUGCUUGAUGAACAACGGAGGCUGCGACCACUUCUGCCGAAACACCGUGGGCAGCUUUGAAUGCGGCUGCCAAAAGGGCCACAAGCUCCUGACGGACGAGCGGACAUGCCAAGACAUUGACGAGUGUUCCUUUGAGAGGACCUGUGACCACAUCUGCAUCAACUCCCCCGGCAGCUUCCAGUGCCUGUGUCGCCGCGGCUUCACACUCUACGGGACAACCCACUGCGGAGACGUGGAUGAGUGUAGCAUGAGCAACGGCAGCUGUGAGCAGGGCUGUGUCAACACCAAGGGCAGCUACGAGUGUGUGUGCCCACCAGGGAGGAGGCUGCACUGGAAUCGGAAGGACUGUGUGGAGAUGAAUGGGUGCCUGUCUCGGUCCAAGGCCUCUGCCCAGGCCCAGCUGUCCUGUGGCAAGGUGGGUGGAGUGGAAAACUGCUUCCUGUCCUGCCUGGGCCACAGUCUCUUCAUGCCAGACUCGGAAAACAGCUACAUCCUGAGCUGUGGAGUUCCAGGUCUCCAGGGCAAGACACUACCAAAGCGUAAUGGCACAAGCUCCAGUGCAGGGCCCAGCUGCUCAGAUGCCCCCACCACCCCCAUCAGACAGAAGGCCCGCUUCAAGAUCAGAGAUGCCAAAUGCCAUCUCCAGCCCCGCAGCCAGGAGCGAGCAAAGGAUACCGUGAGGCAUCCGCUUUUAGACAACUGCCACGUGACUUUUGUGACCCUCAAGUGUGACUCCUCCAAGAAGAGGCGUCGAGGCCGCAAGUCCCCAUCCAAGGAGGUGUCCCACAUCACGGCAGAGUUUGAGGUGGAGAUGAAGGCGGAUGAGGCCUCAGGCACCUGUGAAGCCGACUGCAUGCGGAAGCGUGCCGAGCAGAGCCUUCAGGCUGCCAUCAAGAUCCUGCGGAAGUCCAUCGGCCGGCACCAGUUCUACAUCCAAGUCUCAGGCACCGAGUACGAGGUAGCCCAGCGGCCAGUCAAGGCACUGGAGGGAACCAGGACAUGUGGCAUAGGCCAAAUACUACAGGACGGCAAGUGUGUGCCAUGUGCUCCUGGCACCUACUUCAGUGGUGAGCAGGGCCAGUGUGUGCCAUGUGUGUCGGGAACCUACCAGGACAUGGAAGGCCAGCUCAGCUGCACGCCGUGCCCCAGCAGCGAAGGGCUGGGUCUGGCCGGUGCCCGCAACGUAUCAGAAUGUGGAGGCCAGUGCUCUCCAGGCUUCUUCUCAGCGGACGGCUUCAAGCCUUGCCAGGCCUGCCCUGUGGGCACUUACCAGCCCGAGCCAGGGCGAACCGGCUGCUUCCCCUGUGGAGGUGGGCUGCUCACCAAACACACGGGUACCGCCUCUUUCCAGGACUGUGAGGCCAAAGUCCACUGCUCUCCCGGCCACCACUACAAUACCACCACCCACCGGUGCAUCCGCUGUCCCGUCGGCACCUAUCAGCCUGAGUUUGGCCAGAACCAUUGCAUCUCCUGUCCGGGCAACACCAGCACCGAUUUUGAUGGUUCCACCAACGUCACACACUGCAAAAACCAGCACUGCGGUGGUGAACUCGGUGACUACACAGGCUAUAUCGAGUCCCCCAACUACCCUGGAGACUACCCAGCCAACGCAGAGUGUGUGUGGCAAAUCGCACCUCCCCCCAAGCGCAGGAUCCUCAUCGUGGUCCCUGAGAUCUUCCUACCCAUUGAGGAUGAGUGUGGCGAUGUCCUGGUCAUGAGGAAGAGCGCCUCACCCACGUCAGUCACCACCUACGAGACUUGCCAGACCUAUGAGCGGCCCAUCGCCUUUACCUCCCGCUCCCGCAAACUCUGGAUCCAGUUCAAAUCCAACGAGGCCAACAGCGGCAAAGGAUUUCAAGUGCCCUAUGUCACCUAUGACGAGGACUACCAGCAGCUGAUAGAAGACAUCGUGCGCGAUGGGCGCUUGUACGCCUCGGAGAACCAUCAGGAAAUUUUGAAAGACAAGAAGCUGAUCAAGGCCCUCUUUGAUGUGCUGGCACACCCACAAAACUACUUCAAAUACACAGCCCAGGAGUCAAAGGAGAUGUUCCCACGAUCCUUUAUCAAACUUCUGCGUUCCAAAGUGUCUCGGUUCCUGCGGCCCUACAAAUAACCAGUCGGCUGUCCUGCGUGGGGACCGUGGGAACCAAGUGGGAGGGGGAUGCGCCUUCCCUCCACAGCAAGAGCUGAAAGGAGGCUCCGUGGGCCUCCAGGCUGCUGUGAGAAACCCAUGACACCUGCCUCUGGCCAAGCCAUGCAGCCUGUACCAUCCCCGAGGAAGGCAGCCCCAGCACAGACCCCUUGGUGGGUCUGCCGCUCCUGUGUGGAAACACCCCUUCAGAGAGCCUUCACUCACUUCUGCCUCUGCUUCCCGGGACACCUAGAGUAUUCCCUCCUGAAUCAUCCCAGUGGGGUGUACCUGGACCAGGACACACUGUACCCACCAUGUGGGGAGCAGGACGACUGUGCCCUUGGCCUGAGGUGCUGGGAGAGAAAAGUGUGGCCAGCUCCCUGCAGGCUCUGGAAAGCAUGGGCCAUUGUCCCCCACACAGGGCCAGGCCAGGGCAGGAGGGGUAUGUGGUGGGUUGAUAAGCCUGUGCCAGUGCCUGCAGAACUGACACACCCUGCCAGUUCCUCGGGCCAUGGGCAUAGGACACCUAGUCGGUUCAUGGAUCUCAAGGGACUCGUGAGAGAUGGAACAGGUCCUCCAGGAGAGGAGUCCAUGUGCUUGUGAUUCGCCUUAGUAGACCAUCUAAAGAAGUUCUAUAUAUAUAUAUAUAAAUAUUAAAUAUAUACACUUCUCUAUGUGGGUGGGUAUUUUAGAAGGGUUCUCUUCAGCAACCGUAAUACUAACCACUGUUGCUAACCCCCACAUACACACACACCUCCCAGCGCUUGCCACCUCUGUGUGAGGGAAGGGAGGCCAACCCUCCCACCCCCCACCCCUCACCCCUGCACCCCCCCCACCCCCGCAGGCCUGGGGAGAACACAGAUGUGCUUGAACACACUGUUGAGUGUGACUCGUUGGAGACUGGACUAGGUGUUGUGGUGAAGCAUUGAUGGGGGUGAGGUGAGGGUGGAGGUGGGGGGGGGGAUUCUCAAGCAACAUCUCUACCCUCACAGAACCCAGUGGAAAGCAUCCCCCAUCCCCUUUGGGUACUAGUGCUCACUGACUCUGCACUGUGCCUGCAGGUCACCAGAAACAAGGCCUUCCUCAGGGAUGUGCAGGCUGUCUUCUGAGCAGCUCCCACUCUUCACUGCAACAGGAGGAGGAAGCAAGGCCCAGGAGAGGAGCCCCCCCCCCAAGGCCAAGACUAUUGGGAACCUCCCUGAUGCUUCUCAGCCCCUUAAAGAGUGGAGCCCUUGUGUGGCCAGGCUGCAUGGCACCCCACUGGCUGGGGAGUCGCCCCCUCACACAGAGGUCUUGCCUGUGCCUCAGAGGGCUUGCUACCAGCUGUCAGAUCCACGUAGAAUCUGGUCUGUAUUUUUCCAAUUAAUGGAUAUUAGGACUUGGAGGAACGUGGGGGAAACUCAGAAUGAACUUCAAGGUUUCCUGGUCUCCGGCCCAGCCUGAUGGCAUAAAUGUACUGUUUCAGAAAACACAUGGGGCUGGCUCAGUGAAGACUGAAGAUGUGUGAGCCGGCAAGCCAGGCCUGAGGACCACAGCUUGAUGACAGGGCACAACACAUCCGGACACAGGCUUGGGACUCAGGGAGAAGCUAUGGCUACCACAUGGGUCCCCAAGACAGCACUCUUUCAUGGAGUGUGGCAGGUGGACUUUCUGCGUCUGGUGGAAGGUCAGGGUCGGGGCCUACUGCCUCUGCAGUUCACAAGCCCUACUGGGAGAAGCUCUCUCAUCUUUCAGUUGGGCCCCUGGUCACCCUCAGGCCCUCAGAAUAAAUCCAGCAACACUCACCGUCUCCAGGAAAUCAAAGCGAACAAGGACACGGACUAAGACUAUGGAGACGGACUAAGAAGGAAUUAUGGGAAUCAGCUAAAAAGUUAUGGUGGCCAAGAAGUGAUACAAGGAGUCAUCUGCAAAUUGGCUGACAGGAAAGGCGGCAGUAUUCAAACCAGAGACCCUGGGCAUCCGUGUAGCCAGUCUGAAGGCUGAGCCAGGAGCGCGGUGUGGGUUCCCUGUCCCAGGUCUAGUAGUGAAUUUGCCCUCCCUCCAAUUUUGAUUCCCACCCCCAACACUCUACUGAAAGAGACCAACCUAGGUGAGGGCCUGCACUUCUCUAGCUCCAGAUUCUUAUGCUCAUUAAUCUCCAGGACACCAGUCUUUGCCCUACCAUACAACAAGUAUUUGUGGGCUCAGCCCUGCAAUUUAAGUUGACAUAUCAAAUUAAGGGCUUCAGGUUUUGGAGGGGUUGUUUUUGUUUUUGUUUUGUUUUGUUUUUGUUUUUGUUUUUCCAGACGGGAUUUCUCUGUGUAGCCCUGGCUGUCCUGGAACUCACUCUGUAGACCAGGCUGGUCUUGAACUCAGAAAUCCACCUGCCUCUGUCUCCCAAGUGCUGGGGAUUAAAGGCCUGCGCCACCACAGCCUGGCCAGGUUUUGUUUUUUAAUCUUAUCGAAAACCAUAAAACAUCAGAAAGCUCUCAGGUUUGCCUUAAAUCCUGCCUACAAUUCCUGAGUGGCUUUUGGCAGUAGUCACCUGUGAACCUAUUAAGAAAUCCAACUAUGUCCUCUCUCCAGAAUGCCCACCCCCACUGUGAUCACGUCGUGCCCGGUGUCUCCCAGGCUGGAGCAGAUACAGUGCAGACCAGGCCCCUCAGUCUCAUGGUCAAGUCCUUUUGUUGGCCUCUCUCUCUCUCUCUGUCUCUCUCUGUCUCUCUCUGUCUCUCUCUCUCUGUCUCUCUCUCUCUCUCUCACACACACACACACACACACCCCUACCACCCACUCAAGUAACCGCCAAAACCCUGGCGCCUGGCAAAGGCUGAGGGGGCGUGUCCUUAAUUGUGCAUGGUCCCUCCCCCUCCGGGUAGAGCUUCGCACCCAGGCAACCUGAAGACCUUUACCGAUGUGAGAGGGAAACCAAAUUGUUCCCUGGAUUCCAGGAGAUGGUCAUCACAUGGGACCCGGGAUUGGGGGCACUCCCGCAGAGCAGCCAGAAAGCAGUCCUGUGUUCCUAGUACUUCCUGGCACUUCCCUUGGAAGUACCUGCAAGAGGAAGGAGAGUGACCUGCCCUGAGGGUCAGUGGUCAGCCCAGCCCUCCACUCCUGGGUGGCAACAGUGGGGCACAUCAUCUCCCCCUUCAAAUGGGCCUUUUAAUUGGCCUGGCCACAUGCACUGGUUACAGAGCCUUGCGGCUAUGGCUACACCACCCUUCUCCCCCUGGCUCCAUCCCCAAAUCUCAGGCAGCACAAUCAGCAGGUGCUGUGUGGCCCCCAACUCCUGUCACUCUGGUUACCGGUGGUGACUACUUUCCCAAACCCUGACUCCCUCAGGAGAGUCUUUCCUAACUGCCUCCCUACUUUCAGUGGUCACAUACUCAAGUGCACACCACAGCCCAAGGUGGAGACCUGGGCCCCCCUUCCCCUCCUAACAUCUUUUAGUUUGGAGCACACAGAUGAAAUAGAACCUAAAUACAUGUCCUGGUUCAAAAGCUUUACUAGGGAGCCUGCAUCGCCACCUCUGGCUUCUACAGAAGGAGGCCCCGGCUUGGGUGGAUCCUACUGAAACGUGGAAGCUGUGUAUCUUACAGCACCUCCUCCCUUCCCACCCUUUGGCAGAAAAAUAAGGGCCUCAAAUGAGUUGUGUCACUCUGCAAACAUUUCCUGAGUACCUACUGUUUGCCAGACUUGUAGAAAGACUAACUGGGGACAACAAGGUCACAGACAAGCUACCUGGUAGAGCAGCCGUCUGCUCAUCCACUGCACAAUCCAGGGGACGGGAGAGCAGUGCUUCCUCCUUGCCGCAGGGCCAGCCGGGAAAAGUGCAGCUGACCCGGCAAGCAUUUACUUUACUUCACCAAAGAUGCACAGAGUGAGAGGUCGGCCCUUCUGCUCGGCAGGCCGUGCCUGGCUGGUGCCAUUCAUAGUGAGGCCAAAGGACUUGUGACAAAAACCCAGAGACGGCACAGAGAUCCUCUUCAGGGCAGGACUUAAGAAGUCCAAACUUCUGGGUCCAGGUGAUGUGGCAUAGCCUGUGCUCUCCCCCCAGCACCUUGUUUAGACAGCCCCCCAACAGUAGGCCCUCUGCUGGCUGCAGCCUCCCCAGCCUGCACCCUGACGUGCCAGUGCAAAAGGCUUGGUUAGAAGCUCAAAGAGACCAAGUAACGUGGCCAAAAUGAAGAGUGAGGAGUCAGAAGAGUUAGUGUUGACUUUGGUGACAUCCCACCUUUCCUAACACACAGUCAGAGAAAGGAUGAACUUGGCAUCUCUUGGGUAGGAGCAGUCAGGGUCCAUCCAGACCAGUUACCAUCCAGACAUGAACUGUCACCACCACCUACAAUGCAAGCAAAGGCCCAGCAGCCCUCAGCCCUGCACAUGACAGAGGCACAGCGUCUAGCAGCACAAACAGGAAGCAGCUGGGCUUUCAAGCAGCUCUGUCUGUCAGAAACCACAAGCUAUGCCAAGGUCGGAGCCACGCGCAUCCAGAAGCCAGCCAUCCAGUCCAGAGACGGAUGCACUCCUGCGCCCCAGGCGUUGGCCUGGGCCCCACACAUUCACAGCCUGUCCAGCACUGGGUGGCAGUCCUGGAGCACAGUGACCAAUAUCCACAUAACCUCAUUUGCCUUCCAGCUGCUCAGAUAUUCAAAGCUUUUCUCUGCCGUGUUUUCCCCCCAAUGCAUGUAAUUAAACACUCGUGAGAAUCACUUUAAUAAUAAACAGGAAAUGAGCCUAA